AUGGAGCACGAAGAAAUGCCCAUCCGCCGUCCGACGAACUCUUCUUCAGGCUCUGAUGAAGACAACGCCACCUCUGCUGCCUAUGCCUAUCCCCCUUCUUCCGCCUACGAUGCCUCCGAAUCCGCCACCACCUACACACCUACCUCCACCAUUUCAGCAUAUACUCCGUCCGCCGGCUUCUCCUCAGGCCUAUCCUCCUGGGCCUCCUACGGAACGCGACCUCGAGGCGGCAGUGGAUCGGCCCAGCCUUCAACCAUGGACCGCUCCUUUUCUGGUGAAGGUGCGACGGCUUCAGUAGACCCCCGGGGUGUAAGGCCCAGCGCUCCUUUACGGACGCCCUCGAAUACCUACGCUCCUCCACGACGGCCUCCGCAGUUCCUCUCCUUGAACUCGAAGCGGGUACACUCCUCGAACGCCACGCGCUCUUCUAGGAGAGAUCCAAACGCACAAUACAAGGCACAAGAGAAAGCUUACGUGCAGCGGGUGCGACAGCAGCCACAGGACUGGCUCGACAAUGACCCUCGGACACCUAGCAUCGGAUACAGUACAGACGAGGAGACAGAUGAUGAUUCCCCCUCAACUGACCACCAAUUCGAUGAUCCGUACGAUCCAGAAACUUUAAUGUUCCUUGGGAACGAGGACAAUCUUCAACCCUCUGACGAGGAACUGCAGAAUCCCCAGUACAGAGAGCGACUGGAAUGGCACUCUAUGCUGGCUUCCGUCCUCAAAGGCGACGUCGUCAAGCAAGAAAAGCAGAGACUGAUCGGGACCACGGACCAAGCAUCGAGGUCCGAGAUAGGCACCGAGAUUUGGAUCGGCGCAAGGUCAAAAUACUAUGGACGGCCAUUGCAGAUGCAGAAGAAGCUGAUUGAAGAAGGCCGUGCCAGCUUGGGACCCAUUAUCGAGAGCCUCAUUGCGUUCGAGAUCAAGGGUGAAACUGUUGUCGGGAAGUCGCCAUUGGAGCAAGUCGAAGAGGCGGUGGCAAAUAUCGAAAAGGUGGAAUGGUUAUAUUCAUCUAGGAGAGAACUCGAAGCUGCCCAGCCCCGAGCUGCUUCCGAUGCUUUUCGAGACAGCUGCGAUGCCAUCGUUUCCUGGCACAAUAUCACUCAGCUGAUCAACACCGAGCUCGCGGUGCUCCAAGCCUGGGUCGGGAACCAGGAACUCGACUUCACAAAGCCAAAACGGCGGUCCGGUGACGAGGGAGACCUGUCUGAUGAAUCCUCUUUCAUCGACAGAAUUCUGAAAGAGGACGGCUUGAAGUCACUUCAAGGGGAGAAGAGCAUGUUCAAAGGGAUUGGUGAGGUGAUCACCAAGGCCAAAAGUACACUCAUCGAGAAUGCCGAAGCCUUCGCCGCCCGCCACCUGCCUCCCUACAUUGAAGAGCUCCUGACUCUGAUCAACUUCCCAUCAAGGUUGAUCCAAGAGAUCAUCCGGAUGCGAUUGUCGUAUGCGAGAAAGAUGAAGGAAUCAGCACAGCAAUCCGUCAUGAUCAUUGAUCAAAUGAUUGCGCAGUUCCAGAUCCUCAUGAAUCUUGCGUGUCUCAUCAAGCAACAAUACCUUGCCAUCUCGCACCCAGAGCCAGGUUGGGAUUUGCCGCCUUGUAUUGACGAAAACUUUGAUUCGGUCAUUGUUGAAGCGCUCAAGUUCUAUUUCAAGAUGCUCAAUUGGAAACUGGGCGCCAACAAGAACACCUUCCGAGAAGCUGAGAUCCUCGAGCAAGAAUGGGGCUUUUCCAACGAAAUCGGUCGUCAACUUGAGGGCGGAGAUAUUGAAGUCGCAGAGCAAUUCAGUUCUCUUACUGCCAAGUCCCUGUUGCGAUUGACUGCCUCGUUCGAACGCGAGCUCAGAUCGAAACCGGAUGAAAGUCAGCAAGAGAUGGAAAAGAGAUACAAGACAAUUUUGGAUUCGGUGCGCGUCCGACAGCGAAAACUUUUCCGGUUUUCACGUAUUCUGAGACAACGGUUCGAAAACGCGACAGAGUUCAACCUCGGGAUGAAUGCAGAGCAGAUGCAGCAUUUAACCGAGUCUCUCAUUCUAUCGGGUCACUUCUUGGUGGAGAUGGGUGCCAACAGUCCGAAAGGCGUGCAUUUUGUCGCGUCCCCUUCCCUGUGGAAUCGGCCGAAAGAGAUUCAAUCCAUCCUGGGUACAUCUUUUCAUGCCGAUGACGCACCAGAAGAUCCUUCAAAUCCCUAUAUACUCAUCAUCCGGCCUGAAGACGAGAUGCAGUGGGAAGGACCAAGGAUGGAAGUUGAUGUCCUGGAGUUACCGAACGACGUUAGACUGGGGCGGCUCCGCCUCGUAGCGGAUGGCUCAUCCCUCCGCCUACAGGGCGCUCGCAUGGAGUUUGCCAACGCUGUCGGUAGGGAGCUUGAUGUUGUGAUUGAGCAAAGAGCCAACCUUUCCCGGGUCAAUUUGGAGUUGGGAAAGAUCAAGAAAACAACUUUCAAGCUUUCGAACACCAUCAUGGAGAGCGUGGAGGUCAUUCGCUCGCAAAAUGGUGGUAUCGCAAGUCCGGAAUUAGUGCAGUCUUGCUUUGCUUUUGCCACUGAGUUCGGCAAGAGAUCUCUGACAUACAUGGAUCCCAACCGUCGGAUGAUGAACAACCUGAAGCUGACCAGGCUCGCUCUAGAUUGGGUCAGCUUUAUUUGUGAUGACUGUGACGCUGCCGACCGAAGGACCUUCAAGUGGGCUGUGGUCGCAUUGGAGUUCGCCAUGGCAAUGACCCGCGGCCGAAACAUCCUAGACAUCAGCGACGAGGACUUCAAACGCAUUAGGGUCAAGGUUGCGGGAUGCAUGUCUGUGUUGAUCUCACAUUUCGACAUCAUGGGAGCCCGGUCCACCCUGGCGGCGCAGCAGGAGAAGUCGAGGAUGGAGGCGUUGACCGGUAUGAACAAGCGUCUUGAUUUUAACAAAAUGAGAAACGACGAAGAUUGCUGGCGGGAGAUGUCUGAACAGCGACUGGCGCAGCUCAAUGCCAUUGACCAGGCUCGCGAGGAACGUGGUGCCUCGAAGACUACCCCUCUUGGUCGGGUAUUGGAGGGAUCGAACGAAGCGGACCGGUCACUCACCUUCUUGUCCUCCUCGGCAACCAACAUCACCAUGAGAUGGCAGCAAGGCCAGUUUGUGGGAGGCGGGACCUUUGGGUCUGUGUACGCGGCGCUGAAUCUUGACACGGGAACAUUGAUGGCCGUCAAGGAGAUCCGUCUCCAAGAUCCCCAACUCAUUCCUACAAUCGUCAAGCAGAUUGGCGACGAAAUGGGUGUCCUGGCAGUGCUUGACCAUCCUAACAUUGUGUCAUAUUACGGAAUCGAAGUACACCGAGACAAGGUCUAUAUUUUCAUGGAGUAUUGCUCCGGUGGCUCGGUGGCUGGCCUCCUUGAACACGGCCGCAUUGAGGACGAGACUGUCAUCAUGGUGUACGCGCUGCAGAUGUUGGAAGGUUUGGCCUAUCUACAUCAAGCACAUAUCGUGCAUCGAGACAUCAAGCCGGAGAAUGUUUUGCUCGAUCACAACGGGGUGAUCAAAUAUGUGGACUUCGGAGCCGCGAAAAUCAUUGCUCGGCAAGGCCAAACCAUGAUGGGUAUAGAGCCUGCUCAACGCGUCAAUGGUGUCAACCCCGUCAAUGGCGAGCCCGGCCACCUUGCCAAUAACCCCGCCGUCGCACGGCAGCCACAGAAGACCAUGACAGGGACGCCCAUGUACAUGUCUCCGGAAGUGAUCCGGGGAGAUGCGCCUGCGACAUCACGUUUCUCCGGUGCCGCGGACAUCUGGUCCUUGGGCUGUGUAAUUCUUGAAAUGGCUACGGGGCGUCGUCCUUGGUCUACGUUGGACAACGAGUGGGCCAUCAUGUAUAAUAUCGCGCAGGGCAACCCUCCUCAACUGCCUACCGAAGAUCAACUUAGCGAGAUGGGGAUUGAUUUCUUGAAAAAGUGCUUCGAGCGAGAUCCGGCCAAGAGGAGUACAGCGGCAGAGUUGCUACAGCACCCUUGGAUCGUGGAAAUCAGACGGCUGGUGGUUGAUGAUCCUGAUGCUCAGACACCGCGGAGCGAUACAAGCAGCUCCAGUGGAGGAGCUCCCUUUUCAUUUCGGCAGAACUCGGCGUUCUGA